UCAUCUGCCUUGCACGCACUCGACCCCUGCCCUCAAAGCGCUAUGGGUGCCCUCAUUUCCUAUCUUCGUGGCGGGGAAGGCGCCGCCGACCACGCCGCCAUCUCUGGCUCAAACAUCCUUAUCGACUUGGAUGGCGCCCAGCCCUUGCAGUCUGAAAUCGACAUCUACAACUACCUUUCCAACAUUCUUGCGCCGGCCUCGUACCACUUGGAUGUCAUGUCUCACUACAACGGAUGCGGCGACUAUAUCAGGAGGGCCAUCUCGACACCCAAUCGCGAGACAGAGGAGGCGGCGUGGAAAGCCGUGUGCCCUGCCGUAUCCAACCUGAAAGACUGCUAUGAGUUUUCCCAGCGGCUCGAGGAUGCCUUCCCCAGAGCCCUUCACUUUUUCUGCCAGGGCGACAUUGGCAGGAACCUCGAGAGUCACCAGGCUACGGCCAAGCGUCUGGCCGACAUGCUGCACUUUGCUUCAAAGUUUGACGAGAUCAAGAUGAACAACCCCAACAUCCAAAACGACUUUUCCUUCUAUCGCCGCACCCUCAGCCGCAUGCGCAUGUCCAACACCCAGCGGGCCGUUAUCGUCAACGAGGACCUGGCCAACAGAAUGUCACUAUUCUACGCACACGCCACCCCCAUGACAAAAUCUCUGAUUGACUCAACACAGGUGGCCCUGAGCCGUCGCAACUUUAGCGAAGAGGCCCUCACCGACUGCCUGUCCAUUCUCUGCGCCAUCUGCUACAACAUUGUCUCGAAAAAUGCUGGAGCCAACCAGCCUCUCACCGACUUUUGCUUGAGAGUCAUCGUUGUCUCGGUUGUGCUCUAUGACAAUGUCACGCAGGCCGGUGCAUUCUCAAAAGGAUCAAAACUCAACAUCCGAUCGACCGUGAGACUGAUCCAGCAGUUUGGCGGCGCACAUGCCAACUCACUCAUGAACGCCCUCCGAUACACCACCGUCCAUCUGAACGACGAGGCCACUCCCAAGGGAAUCAAGCAACUCUUUGCUUAACUCUGCUGCCGGCAAGCUGUCGCGUGAAAAAGGGAUCCCCCUGAUAUCUUUUUCGCUCACCCUUCCUCCCUCUUUGGUCCUGCCCAUUCGCUCGGUGCGUCCCUCCAAGUCGACCAGCGUCUCAUCGCUUCCCUUCCCGUCUCCUCCGCCCCCUUUCCCUUGUCCCGC